AUGCCACAGUCUAGACACCGCCACAUCUUCACCCUGGCAUGUGGCGGUGAGUUCGGGAUGACGUCAUAUCUGUUCCUCCAGCAAAUCAGCUUCACAGCUACCUCAGCCCUACAGGUUCCUUUCAGUCUAAGUCGUGACGUCGUGGCCAAGAUCACGAUGAAACGCAUUAAUUCUCCUGCAGAUGACAAUGUCCCUAUUUAUAUCUUCAUCCUCCUCUUUGCAAUUCUCCUUUUCAGUCUCCUGGCCACCACCGAUUUUAAACGUUCUCCCAACCCUGAACAAUAA